AACCCAUCUCCCUUGGGUCUCUCUGCAUUUGCCCUGACAACAAUGGUGCUCUCGCUCGUCAACGUGUCCGCACGACAACUUGCAACCCCCAAUAUUGUCAUUGGUCUUGCACUCUUUUACGGAGGUCUUGUGCAGCUUCUUGCUGGUAUGUGGGAGUUUGCAUGCGGCAACACCUUUGCCGGUGUCGCUCUCAGCUCAUACGGUGGUUUCUGGCUCUCCUUCGGUGUCAUCUUCAUCCCCUUCUUCAACAUUGAAGAGGCAUACGACACAACCGCUACUUCGGGAAGAUUCGCAGAUGCUGUCGGCAUCUACCUGAUUUGCUGGGCAGUCUUCACGUUCCUGUUGUUGAUUUGUACGCUACGCUCAACCGUUGCCUUCUUCCUCCUCUUCUUCACUUUGGAUUUGGCAUUCAUCAUGCUUGCCAUUGGUUACUUCCGUGAAGCGCAGGGCGAUGACAACUAUGCCGAUUGUCUCAAAGCUGGUGGAUACUUUGGUAUUCUCGCUGCAGCACUCGCAUGGAUCAACGCACUCUCUGGUAUUCAAGACAAGCAAAAUAGC